UAUUACGUAGCGACGCAGGAGAAACGUAAUGCGCCUGCUUAACGCAUUUUAAUCUACACGUUGUAAAGGCCAGGCUAUUCAGCUGAGGACAACUCGCAUCUCGUGGCCUCUUGUCGUAACACGUUGCAUUUGAAACAGCCACGUUGGCCUGUCAUAUAUACAUGACUACCAAUAAGAUAAGAAUCCUCUUUCGAACGGACGAAUCAACGGUUGUUCGCUUUAUCAUCGAUUAUCUUCCCGCCAAACACGAGUGAUCUAUCGAAGUAAAUUUAGUAAACGAUCAUUCUUUUCAGUGCCAUAUACCUUCUUUCGUGAAGAUUUUCUUUCAAACUGCUACUCCGUUUUUGCGGCGAUCCAUAUUUUUAAAUUACUGUUAGUUUUUCGAUUUCUAAGAUAUUCCGGGAUCAGUAACGUCCAUUACCAGUCAUCAUUGCUCUACAACAAUAUCGUCUUUCAAAUUCUUGAUUGAGGACAUCUUAGGACGAUCGCGCUUUGUAAUAAAUCGGUUUUUCACGGAUAACAGUUGUAAUCAGGAUGUGGGUAUUGAGACUUGUGAGUGGCCUCCUGAUUAUCAUUGCAUUAGCAAUUGCGGAUGAUGCACCGAACGUUGCAUCGGAAGUAGAUUCUGAUGCGAUUCCAGAAGUAAUCCCAGGUUACCAGGGAGAAAUUCCAACAGAGGAACAGUUCCUUGAAGUUCUAAAUUCAAUGCCCGACUUAUCAGAGAAGGAUAAGGAAAUAAUCAAGAAGGAUCUCCUAAAAUAUAUGCGAAAAGCUGCUCCUACCCUGGAGCCGGAAUCUACCUCCUCAGUUGAUUCUUCAACCGAAGCUGAAGCGAUUGUGCACACCGUAGUUCUAAUAUUCUUUUUGAGCUUCAUUGCCCUAAUUUUUGCUUUCUUCCUUUACAAGUUGUUCAAGAUCUUGACGGAGAGGGAGACGAAACGAGAGGAGAAAAAGAAAAUGAAGCAAAUGAAGAAGAAAAAGUAACGCUAGUAAUAUUAGCGAUACCGCAUGACAGGACGUGAUGCAAAGAAAAGUGAAUAUACAGCAUGCCACAAAUUGCAACAACAAGUUGCACUGUCACGCGAGAAACUCUAUUCGUAUUUUACGUACUGUGAAGGAAAAACGUUUUAUUAUCAUCUAUUCUAUUUUGUUAAAUAAAACAAUAUAUUUAUGAAUAAAA